AUUUAAAUAAUAAUAAAUCUUUUCUAUAUAUAUAAUUACAUCGCAAUGUAAUACAUUGAAGAAUUAUUACUUAAAACGUCUAAUGAAAACUAAACUGUUUAAAAUUUACCAAAUAUUUCUGAUAAUCCUUAAGAUUAUUCUGUUUAAUUGAUUAAAUCUCUUUAAUAAAAAUAAUAAAGAGUACAGGAAAAGUACUUAAAAUAUAAAAGUGGUUAAAUAUAGGAAGUUACUUUAGAUUAUAAAUAAAUUUAAGAUUUUUUUACUUCAAAAUAUUUAUAGAAGACUAUAAUUUUAUAAAACCAAAUUUUUUAUAUAGAAGAAGUUUUGAAAUAUUAUUCUGAAAAAAAAGAGGAUGUAAAGGAUGUAAAGGAAGAAAAUCCUGAAAAAAAAAUUAUUUAUAAAAUUUCUAAAAAUUUUAAAAUUAAAUAGAAUGGCUUUUUUUAAAUUAUAUUUUACAAAAAAUAAGCGGAAAUAUUUCUUUUAACAUUAUUCCAGUUAUUACUGAAAAUUCUUUUUUUAAUAGAGAUGCUCUUUUUUAAAUUUUUCGUGAUUUUUUGGAAGUUUAAGGCACCUAUUAACUUCUUGAAUAUCAAAAAAAUCCAGAAAACGAGUAAGAUAAUCAAUAGGAAGAAAAUUACAAAAAAAAACUAUAUAUUUCUACUUUCUAUGAAGAAGAAGAUGCCUAAUAUAUUGAAAAAAACAAAUAAAAAAAUAUUAUAAUAUACACAAGUGUAGAAAUAUGGUAAAAUAUAAAAUAAAAAUUCUAAUAUGAAGAAGAAAUAUACAUAAAAUAGGCUUAAAUGCCUUAUAAAAUAAUUUAUGAAGAAAAAGAGUUGAAAUAUAGAAGAGAGAAAUUACAAAAAAUGUACGAAAUUAUUGAUAAAUACAUAAAUAAAUGGAAAAAGACACUUCUUGUAUUCGAUAUAAUGAUUUUUAUUCCUUAAAAAUAUGUAAAAGAUGCCAAAAAUUACUAUUUAUAGAAAAUUAUGGAAAAAAUAAAUAUAAUUGAUGGAUAAAAAGAUGAUAAUUAUAAAAUGAGAAAAUUCAAUAUUUUUUUAAUCUAAGAUGUAUAUGAUUUAGUUAUUUGGCAAAAAAAUAUAAAAAAUAUACAUCUUUAGAUCGAUUUUGGGGAAAAAAGUUAAGUUUUUUACCCUCAAGAAGGCUUUUUUUAACAAAAUCCUCAUUUUUAUUCGUUUUUGAGUUAAAAAUAAGCCUUUUAAAGGCAAAAAGUACUGAGUUAGGUUUAAAAGGGAAUUAUUCAUCGCUUAUAUACGAAAGAUUAAUUUUUCGGGUUUUUAAAAGAUAUUAAAAAAUAAUUAAUUUAAGAAAAAAAUUAAGAGGAAGAUGAUUCAUCAAAUUAAGAGAGAUAUCAUUUUAGGAUUGUAAAUAAAUUUAUUUAGGUUUUUAUGGAAGAAAAAAAAAGCUGGUUUAAAUGCAAAAGCUAAGUCUCUGCACAUACUUGUGUUUUUUGGAAUAGAAAAGGUGAUUUGUAUACUAUUUGGUAGUGCUUUUUGUAAAAAAAAGCGAUCUUUGAGGAAUUUUAAGGCUAUUAGUGGAUGAAUUAGGAAGAAAAAUUAAAUGAAAGUGAGAAGGAAUGGGCUGAUUUUUGUAGGAGAAAUUAAGUUAGGAAAAAUGUAAUUGAUUAAAUGGAAGAGAAAAUAGAUAAAGAUUGUAUUUGUAUUAAAAUAGAAGACUUUGAUUUAAUAGUUUAGGAAGUAUUAGUAAAAAAAUAUUACAAGAAUUUAUGUGUUUAUACGGGAAACCGGAAAAAAGGGUAUUAACAUUUUGAAUCAAGAUAGAAUUUUUUAUAUUGUAAUGAAAAAAGUGCGUUUAAAUUAAUUGAAGAACAUCCCUUUUUAAUUAUUCCAAUUUCUUUUAUUUAAAAAGAGAAAGUUUAUUUAGGUAGUUGUGUUUAAAUUGAUCAUAAAAAUUUAAUUUAAUUUGCUCCAUUUGAAUUUUUGGAAAAGCAUAAUUUAAGACUUAUAAAAAGUUAGAGUUUGAAUUUAGCAGAAAUAGAAUUUUUCGGUAUUUCAAAUGUUUUGAUGAGAUAUUUACCUAGUAUAGUGAAGAAAAUAGAAGAUAAAUUUGGUUGUUUAUGCGAGGUAAAUUUUUUGGGAGAAAGCGUUAUACUUAGCUGUGAUUAAAAUUUAAAGGAAAAAAUCGAGAACGAAUUUCGAAUUUUAAUUGACGAAUGUAAAUUUUAGUUAAAAAAUGAAAUUUUGGAUAUUCCUGCAGGUAAAAAAUCAAUGGCUAAAAUAGGCAAAGGAGGUCUAGUGUAGAAUAUCCAUGUUUUUGAAAACGAGCAUGUUUUUUUAGUUGAAGGACUCCCUUUAGAUGUUAAUGUUUAGGAAAUAAAAGACUUUUUUUAAUUAGAAAAUUUAGAUGAAAUUAUUGAUGUUAAGUAUUUUUAAAAUUAAGGUAAAGCAGAAGUUUUAGUUGCAGAUAGUUAAGAUGCAUCUAUUUAUGUAAAAAGCUUUAAUUAAACCUUAUUUAAAGGAAAUACUAUAAGACUUAAGUUAAAUAGCCAUGAUUUUAUUAUUCAUGAUUAGGAUAUUAAAAAUCUUUAAUAUAUGAAAAUUAAAUGGAAUUAAUGGAAAUCUAAAAGAACAGCAAUUAUAACUUUUAAUAGUAAAGAAAAUAUAAAAUAAUUUAGUGACUUAGUAUAAAAUUAAUUAAUGAUUGAUUAUUCAAUAAUUGAAAUAGAAAAAAUAAAUGAGAAUAAAACUGUAAAAAUAAAAAACUUGUAACCUAUAACAGAUGAGAAAAGUAUAAUAAAAGUUCUUAAAAAAAAUAAUCUAUUAGGAUAUUCUAAUAUUGAAGUAGAACGAUUUCCUGAUGUAGAUAGAGAUUUUCUUAAAUAAGUUUUAAUUGAUAAAUUAGAUUUAGUUUAUAAACAAGGAGCUAAUCAUGAUAUUUAAUAUAUUAAAAAAAAAAUAAAGGUAUUAAUAAAAUAUUUAAUGAUGCCGUAAAGAUUAUUAAUAAUUUAUUUUAACCAAAACUUUUUGAUUUUAGAAAAUAAAAUUAAGUAAUUUUUUAUUUUAUUUAUAAAAAAUUAUUAAUUAAAAAAAAACAUAAAAGACGCAUAUUGUAUCAUUAUUUGA